AUGAAACUCAUCAUCAUCGGCGCAACAGGCUUCGUAGGCACCGAAAUCCUGCGCCAGAGCCUCCUCAGGAAAGACAUCACCUCCGUCGUCGCGGUCACACGACGCACCCUUCCCUCCUCAUCACCCUCUUCCCCAAAACUGAACAACGUGGUUGUGAGAGAGUACGACCAGUACGAUCAUCAUGCGAAGACCGCGUUCAAGGACGCGAAUGGGUGUAUCUGGACUAUCGCCAUCACACCCUCCAAGUCCUCGAAUUUCCCUUGGGAUGAAGUCGUCCGAGUCUGUCAAACAUCCACACUAGCUGGCCUCCGCGCAAUGCACUCAGCCGGCCUCGCAUCACCAUUCCGCUUCAUCUACAUGUCUGGUAUCGCGGCGGAGCGCGACCAGACAAAAACGCCAAGUUUCAAGCCCCAAUAUAGUCUUAUGCGGGGCGAGACGGAGAACCAAGUCCUCGCUUUCGCCAAGGAGCAUGGAUUUGAAGCUGCGGCCGCGAAACCGGGAUUGAUUACUGAUGGGGGAAUUGCGAAAAAGGCUUUGGCCACGGCGCUGUAUUACGCAAUGGGUGUGCCGAGUGUGAAGGUGGAGCAGUGUGCGGCGGCGAUGUUGGAGCAGGUUGUGAAGGGAAUUGAGAAGGAGCCGUUGAUGAACAAUGAUUUGGUGGAGGUGGCGGAGAGGAUGGGUAGGGAGGGAGGAUGA